UUUGCCGUCCGUGACACCACUCUUAAAAUCCUGAAGUGGAAGUGGAACAGACGUGUUCUUUUUCUUUUUCUUUUUAGUGUUCAGGCAUGGAUACCUUCCAAAAGCAUCGGUCACUGUAUAAAGGAACAACUCCACCAUGGAAGGAGACUUUUAGGAAGCGCUGUGUUGAGCGUUUGAGGAGCAACCGAGCAAGGCUCCUGGAUAAGUACAGGCAAAUGGGUGAAAGCAUGCCGUUCAGGACCUCUGGCUCGAUCAUGGUACAGGAAGUGAUGGAAGUGGAAUGGUCAGAACUUAAAGCAAAUGGUAACAGACUUCCUUCACUGUGGCAAAAAGAUUCCUUCAGAGAUGUGUUGACAGUAAUGAAAGAAGAUGAUGAGUUGUCUGUUUUGGAAGAAAUUCAGAAGGAGCUUAUCUCCCAAGAGCAAGCUAUAAUUGAGGAGUAUGAACGGAGUGUAUUUUACGAAGAGCAGUGUUUAAAUGCCAUGGUGGAAGGAAUGGAUUCCAAUGACAGUCUAAUUUGUCCACUGUGUAGCAAGAAUCACUUGACCAUUACCAGUCAGUUUAUUUCUUGUCGAUGUGGAACUUAUAUCAACACUCAAAACAGAAACAUCACAAAGGCGGAGAUCCGCUGCCAGCUUGAGAGCCGGGUCAAUGAACAUUGUGAGCUGUGUCCCCAUCCUCCGAUGUUCUUUGUAGAAGGAUCAUUCAGUCUGCUAAUGUGUUGUCAAGGUUGUGAUCAUCUGGCUGUCAUUGUUUAAUAAACGAAGAAGGAAUGGCUUUUGUGGAAGGGUUACCUCUCUUUGAUACACUGAAGAUUUUCUUCAGAUUCUUCCAAAUCUAAAUACUUUUUCGUUAUUAUAAUUUGGCAGAAAAUAUUUAUUUUUAUAUUCAAUUUGAAAUGUUACCUUUGUAAUAAAGUAUCUUAUCUAAACA